AUGUCCACCCUCUCCGCCCUCCGCACCUGGGAGGCGGAAAACGACAUCAUCACGAUCGACCCGACGCAGAAUGCGCUGUACAACCUGCCCGACCCGGCCGCAUACAAAGCUCUACAAGACUCGUCGCCAUGGAAGAAAGACCCCAACUACUUCACGACCGUGCGGAUUUCUGCCCUCGCGCUGCUCAAAAUGACCACACACGCCCGCUCCGGCGGCAGCAUUGAGAUCAUGGGUCUGAUGACCGGGUACGUGUCCGGACGGUCUCUGAUCAUCACGGACGCCUUCCGACUGCCCGUGGAAGGCACGGAAACACGGGUCAACGCGCACAGCGACGCGGACGAAUACAUGGUGAACUUUGGGAUCGCGUCGCGCGAAGGAGGCGGGCAACUGGAGAACGCGGUGGGGUGGUAUCAUUCGCAUCCGGGCUAUGGAUGCUGGCUGUCCGGGAUCGAUGUCAACACGCAAAUGACGCAUCAGAUGGCUAACGACCCGUUCGUCGCGGUGGUCAUCGACCCCGACCGCACCGUCAGCGCCGGCAAGGUCGAGAUCGGCGCCUUCCGAACCUAUCCAGAAGGCCAACGGCCCAAGGACAAGCAGUUCACCGACGACAGCGACGAGUUCCAGGCCAUCCCGACUGGCAAGAUCGAGGAUUUCGGCGCCCACGCCAAUUCCUACUAUGCCCUCGAGGUCACCCAUUACAAAUCCACCCUCGAUACGCAUCUGCUUGGUCUGCUGUGGAACAAGUACUGGACAUCCACCCUCUCGCAGUCGCCGCUGUUUACGAACCGCGACUACGUCAACAAGCAGAUCACCGACCAUGCCGUCAAGAUUAAAGAGGCGGCGAAGAAACAGCGCACAAAUGCCACCGUCGGUCGGCGCACGCAGGAAUUGGCCGGUGCUGGAGACCAGAAUAUCAGGGUCGUUAGGGACGGUUCACUCGAGCAGAUUGUUCGCGGUGGCAACAAGAUCUCAUCGGAGGAGGUCGCCGGUCUGCUGGCCAGCGAGGUCAAGAAGAAGUUGUUCUGGGGUGUGGUGCAGGAGGCGAGAGUCAAGGCUGCCGGGGAACAGGCGACAAAUGCUGCUGCUGGCAUCGCGGUCGGGAGUAACGGAGGUUAA